GAAGCAAGAGAGUGUGAAAUCCUAAAACAAUGGGGUCUCCAAGGUUGCUUUUGUUGGUGAUUUCUGUGUUUCUGUUACUUUCAAUUUCAUCAACUUCGCCGUUUCCAAUACAAGAAAGCUUCAUUCAUUGUCUUGCAGCACAUUCUCAUAAUCCAAUCCCAUUUUCAACAUCCUUUUACACUCCUAAAAAUGCUUCAUUCACUUCAAUACUUGAAUCCACGGCUCAAAAUCUUAGGUACUUAGUGCCCUCAAUGCCCAAACCUGAUUUUAUAUUCACUCCAUUGGAGGAUUCUCAUGUUCAAGCCGCUGUCAUUUGUGCAAAAAUGCUCAAAAUUCACAUGAGAGUACGCAGUGGAGGUCAUGACUAUGAAGGCCUUUCUUAUGUUUCUCUCAUUGAGAAGCCAUUCAUGAUCUUAGAUCUCUCCAAGCUCCGUGCCAUCCAAGUCGAUAUAGCACGAAACACAGCAUGGAUUCAAGCUGGUGCAACUGUAGGAGAAGUUUACUAUAGAAUUUCAGAAAAAAGUCAAGCCCAUGGCUUCCCUGCUGGCAUCUGCACAAGCUUAGGCAUUGGUGGUCACAUAACGGGAGGGGCAUAUGGCACCAUGAUGAGAAAGUAUGGCCUUGGAGCGGAUAACGUCAUUGAUGCGCGAAUCAUAGAUGCUGAUGGCAAUAUUCUUGACAGAGCAGCCAUGGGAGAGGACCUAUUUUGGGCAAUCAGAGGAGGAGGAGGUGGAAGCUUUGGGAUAAUUCUAUGGUGGCAAAUCAAGCUUGUUCAAGUUCCACCUAUUGUGACAGUUUUUACUGUUACUAAAACCUUAGAACAAAAGGCAACCAAUAUUCUCUAUAAAUGGCAGCAAGUAGCACCAAGCCUUGACGAAAAUCUAUUCAUUAGAGUCAUGAUUCAAGCAAGAAAUUCUAGUGUUGCAGGCAAAAAAACGAUAGCAACUUCUUAUAAUGCUUUAUUUCUUGGCGAGGCUGAUAGCCUUCUCCAAGUUAUGAAGAGAUGGUUUCCUGAAUUGGGCUUAACCAAGAAAGACUGUUUGGAAACAAGUUGGAUCAAAUCUGUGGUUUAUAUGGCUGGCUAUCCAAUCACCACCCCUCCAGAAAUUCUUCUCCAGGGGAAAUCGAUUGGCAAGACAUACUUCAAGGCUAAGUCAGAUUUUGUAAGACAAGUAAUUCCUAAAACUGCUUUGAACUCUCUAUGGAAAAGGUUUUUGCAGGAAGAUGGGCCCUUCAUGAUUUGGAAUCCAUAUGGAGGAAUGAUGAGCAAAAUCCCAGAGUCUUCAAUCCCUUUUCCUCACAGAAAUGGAACACUCUUCAAGAUACAAUACUUAACUGCAUGGUUUGAUGGAGAGAAGAACAUGGAAAAGCAUAUGAAUUGGAUUAGGAGAAUCUAUUACUCCAUGGCUCCUUCUGCUUCAAGCGUUCCAAGAGAGGCAUAUGUUAAUUAUAGAGACCUUGAUUUGGGAAUGAACCAGUUAAAUAAAACAAGUUUCAUGAGGUCAAGAAUUUGGGGAUCCAAGUACUAUAAGGAUAAUUUUAUAAGGUUGGUGAAGGUGAAAUCUAAGAUUGAUCCAAGUAAUUUCUUUAGACAUGAACAGAGCAUCCCGCCACUGCCAAUUAGAAAGAGGAAAGAGUUAGACCACUAAUAAUUUUAUAAUAAUUUGUAUGGUUAUGCGCUUUUAGGAUUAGAUCAGCGUUGCGUUAAUAAGUAUGACACCCAUAUAAGCAUCUAUGAAUUAGUAAUGAAGUUCAAAAUUAUGACUAGAAAGUU